AUGGAUUCCAGCCACAGUAGCAACAACUGCAGUAAGCCAGCUUGGAGUCUUGACAUGGCCAUGGAUAUGAAUCCAAUCCUCAGUGAUCAGCUUCCUUGUGACUUUGUUUGUCCUAAUUACCCUUUUCAGGCGCAUCAUCAAAUACAGAAUAAUUCUAGCCAUGUAAACAGUUCGUGUUUCCUCAAUGAUCAAGUGGGAAGACAGCUGAUGAGAGAGGAACAAGAAGAGCCAGAAGAAGAGCUUGGGGCCAUGAAAGAGAUGAUGUACAAGAUUGCAGCGAUGCAGCCUGUCGACAUCGACCCAGCAACAAUUCGUAAGCCAAAGAGGCGUAACGUUCGUAUCAGCAACGACCCACAGAGUGUGGCUGCACGCCACAGAAGAGAAAGGAUAAGCGAAAGGAUACGGAUUCUCCAGAGACUUGUUCCUGGGGGAACCAAGAUGGAUACAGCCUCGAUGUUGGAUGAAGCCAUCCGCUACGUUAAGUUCUUGAAGAGACAAGUGCACCAGCUUCAAUCAAACCAGCACUCACCCCAUGUCGGAGUAAUUGCAGGAAACUUUCCGGCCGCCGGCAAUUGGCCGGUGAUUUCCAGCAAUGCUCUUGGUUCUGCCUCUUCGUCGUCUGCGGAGCCUCCUGUUGGAGCCGGAUUCACCAUUGGAGGAGGAGGAGGCGGCGGCAGCAUCCCAUGUGACACCAUGGUCUUUAACCAUGAGGUAAUCAGUGAUUAG